GAUGAGCGUUCAGUUUCGCGGGUAACUGCGCUGCGGCGCUCAGGAGCAGCUGUUCAGAUGCGCUGGUUCGGGUUUGGCUUCAACGCGUUUGGACAGAUUUGUGUCCAGCAGGAAUUGGUUGAAGGAAAAGAAAGUAGCGAAGCAGCUGAAGAAGUUAAAGUGAUAAAUCCGACAGAACUGAGCGAUCAUGCGGACAGAAUCAGAGCAAGUUGGAGUCGAAGAGCAUCUCUGCAUGUGGAUGGAGACGGCUGUGUGUGCCUGGUAGGUUUUGGGACACUCGACUCCAACGACUGCUGUGGCAUCUCUACAGUCGACAGCAGUGGCUGUGAAGAUGCAUUCAUCAGUGAAUCGCACUUGACCCUCGCUUUCCCAGACAGGAUUGAAUGCUGGGAUCUGCAGAAGAAAGAGAAGACUCCAUCAUGGAGCAUGGAGAUAAAACCCCAGUCAGAGGGCUCUGCUGUGGAUUUCCCGUUGGUGCCUGGGGGUUAUAUAACUUCAAAACCUCCCUUCUACUGCCCCUUGUCGCCACAUCUUAAAGCCAAGAGCCUGGCACUGGGUGGAGAACAUGUCAUCCUUCUUACUGCUGCUGGAGCUGUGUACACUUGGGGACUGGGCAGUCAUGGUCAGCUGGGGCAUGGAGGCCUCACCUCUGAGGAGGAGCCCAGGGCAGUGGAGGCUCUGUGGGGGAUGCAGAUGAGCUCUGUGGCUUCAGGAGGCUGGCACUCUGUCUGCAUUAGCGACGGGGGUGACCUUUAUGUGUGGGGCUGGAAUGAGAGUGGCCAGCUGGGACUUCCUUCACGAGGUCUGAUGAAAGCAUCACAUAAGAAGAGCAGCCAACAGGCAGGAGAAUUUCACCAAGACGUCAGCACAUCUCCCAGUAAAGAGCCACAGGAGGGAGAAAAACAUGAAGAGGUAUUCAUAUCAAUCCAGGCAUUCCCAGCUCUGUUGGAUGUCACUCCAUCAUGUGAAAUCCAGACAGUCAGCUGCGGCUCCCGGCACACAGCCGCGGUAACAACUACAGGUGACCUCUACACUUGGGGAUGGGGUGAAUACGGCCAACUUGGACAUCAAACGUUAACCAGUUCAGAUGAGCCCCAGCGUGUGGAGUUUUUCAGGGCUGAGCGGAUGCAGGUGGUUGAUGUAGUUUGUGGGGCCUGGAACACUUUUGCUGCUGUAGUCAAGGAGGAAGUAUCUUCUCUGAAAAUUCCACAGAAUCCCCUGAAUAACAUGCCCCAUGAGCUUUCUACAAUGUACCAGGAAGUAUAAAUUACAUGGACACUUUGGAAUAAAUGUAUUUUAUAGUA